UAUAUAUAUAUAUUGGCAGGAGAGGUUGAUUUUCUAUAUAAUACUACCAUCCUCUAGUGGAAUAAAGAAGCUUUAAUCUUUGCCCACAGCUGCUGUGUCAGCUCUUGGUUCAGAAUGUGCUGAAGUAACUCUAGUAUCUGUUUUUCUCCUGCCUGCCCAUUAACACCCAUGCAAGUAAAAUUCCAAUGGCUUCUGCUUGGAAUGCCAAGGUAACUGUAAGCCAGUGUCCAGCUAAAACAUAGUAAUUCACAGACUCUUGAUAACAUUUUACUUUAAUGAUCAGGUGUUUUGUAGCAUGGAGUCAUUCAAACUGCAGAUGAAAAUCCUACUAAUAUUUACAAAUAAUUGUUACAAAAUCCAUCCUUUUAAUUUCUCUGUUGACUCCAAUAGAGAUCAAAGGUGCCGUUUUAAUAACUCCCUUUUCUUUGGACUUAUGAUAUCUGUAGAAUGGCUUUCCUUAACAGAAUAACCAUUUUGUUUGCUCUUACAUCAGCCUGACAAUUCCCAUGGUAUAAUGUCCAAAAUGUAUCAUAGCUUAGAGCAGGGGUAAGCAACCUUGGCUGUUGCAGACUGUUUUUCCCCCAACCAGAUUCUUAACUAUUCAUUCUUAACUAGGGGUAUAACAAUACACUUAUGUCACAAUGCUAUACAUAUGGCAAUAUGAUUUGUAUCAUGAUGCAUGUGAUGGGCUGAUUGUAUGAUGCAUAAUAAGAUCAAAUGAUCAUUUAAUGAUGGACUAUUUUGUUCAAAGACAACAAUUAAAUGAGUUAGGGAGUGUAUGUAUUUAUGAUAAAACACACUUAUUCUUUAUUCAAGAACCACUUUGUGAACUACAGUGAGCGAUGUUUUGCUUUUGGUCUUGAGUCACGAUACGUACCUUUAUUACCAUAUGAUAUAUCAUUUAAAGAAAGUGUCAUGAAUACACCCCUAUUCUUUACCGGGGUCAAUUCAGUAAUAACAGGAUCUGGUUGGAGUCCUGCAAUGGAGCAGCCUGGAAGAGGCAAACCCUGGUCUCAAGGUACCAAAAUACCUCCCCUCUUCAGGUGCAAGCUGCAUAAGCUAUAUCCUUCUGGGACAGCUGUUGUGACCUUGGGCAGACCAUGUGAGCUUCUGGUGCUUCAGCUGUAAAACACAGCAGUUGCAGGUGGACACUGCUUGCCUUCCUUCAAGGAUGGACCCUGUGAUCUUGAGCUACCAGGACAGCUUGCUGCGGCACUCUGAUGUGGCCCUUUUGGAGGGCCCCCACUGGCUGAAUGACCAGGUGAUUGGGUUUGCCUUUGAGUACUUUGCCACUGAACGCUUCAAGGGGCUCUCUGAGUCUGUCUGCUUCAUCAGCCCAGAGGUUACUCAGUUCAUCAAGUGCGCAUCUAGCCAGGAGGAGCUGGCCAUUUUCCUGGAGCCCCUGGGCCUGCCAGAACGCAAGUGGAUCUUCCUGGCGGUCAAUGACAACUCCAACCAGACGGCCGGGGGCAGCCACUGGAGCCUGCUGCUCUACCGCCAGACAGGCAGCUGCUUCAGCCACUAUGACUCCCACAGUGGGAGCAACUCCCUGCAUGCAAGGCGCAUUGCAGCCAAGUUGGAAACUUUCCUGGGCACCAGGGUGAAGGUUCCCUUUGUGGAGGAGGCAGCCCCAACCCAGCAAAACAGCUAUGACUGUGGCAUGUACGUGAUCUGCAAUGCGGAAGCUCUGUGCGAGACUGCGGGCACCGAGGACAGCCCUUGCUUGCUUACCCAGCUCAUCACUCCAGCAUACAUCACCCGGAAGAGGACGGAGUGGAGAAGACUGAUCCAACAGCUGGCCAAGAAAUGAUGGGCUGGUUAAGGAGACAUAGCAUGUGUAUUUAUAGGAUACUAAGGUGGCCCAGCGGUUUACCAAAUGUUUUGACCUUAAAAACACUUGAAUGUUUGACGUCAAAACAAUAUUUUUUUGGUCGGGAUCUGCAGAUCCAUUAUUUAUACAGGGUAGCUCCUUAAGCCUGCUUGAAGGGUGGUGGAGAAAUGUACCGAUGCGGGAUUUCUUACCUAAACUAGCAAACCGACACAGUUGCUCGGCAAUCUAAAGCACUUAAGUCCCUAAAUUCUGCCAAACUAAUGAAACAGUUCUUAAAUGCUUCACUAUUGAUUGUGCUUGUCUCAAAUGGUUAUAAUAUUUUGUAGGAACAGGAGAUUUAAACAGAGGGGAGCUCUACAAUGAGACGUGCUGUGUUUUAAUUAUCAAUUCACAUUUUCUAUGUUCAUUGUGGAAUAUUGUUUUAGUCUUUAUUUCCUGUAUAUGCAAUUUAAAAAAAACAAAAAAAAAAGUGUGUGUGUGUGACUUCUGUUUUACCCAAAAUAAUUGUGGCCCAAAUUGGCCUUUUCUAUUGAAAGCAUAGAAUCCAGUGGAGUGCAAAAUUCAAAUGUGAUGCUUGUGCAAGGCAAAGCGCUUACUAUAUAUAUAAAACUUGGAAAACCUCAAGCCUACAACUAUGUAUAAAACUGCAAAAUCAACUUACCCUUCAUCACCAAAAAAUGGAGGCCUACAUUGUAAAUGAUAUUGCUGUAAUUUCAAAGUACACAUUACUACAUUUAGUUAUUCAUUUUGUGCCCUUUUAAAAGAAUAAAACAGAUUUAACAGCUA